GGCAGAGAAGAAGAAAGGUCGAGGUUAAAGACGGUCAGAGUGUCAAGGUCUCAGGACAGAUCCGAUCAGGAUGAUAAAGAGCUGGUAACCUCUGGCACCAGCGAUAGUGAGAGUAGUUCCUCUGGCCAGGAGGAGACCUUCCUCACCUACCAACCUGUCAUGCAACAGGAAGUUAAUUACACGCGGCCAGUCAUCGUGCUUGGACCAAUGAAAGAUCGGGUCAAUGAUGACCUCAUCUCUGAGUUCCCUGAUAAGUUUGGCUCCUGUGUCCCACACACAACACGGCCACGACGAGACUAUGAGGUGGACGGCAGAGAUUACCACUUCAUGUCCUCCAGAGAGCUCAUGGAGCAAGAGAUCCAGGAACAUAAAUUCAUCGAGGCCGGGCAGUAUAACAACCAUCUGUAUGGAACCAGCAUACAGUCUGUCAGAGAGGUCGCUGACAAGGGUAAACACUGUAUACUGGAUGUAUCAGGGAACGCGAUAAAGCGUCUCCAGAUGGCAGGCCUCCAUCCCAUCGCUAUCUUCAUUAGACCACGCAAUGUCGACAACAUCCUAGAGAUGAACAAGCGUUUCACUGAGGAGCAGGCGAGGAAGACCUACGACAGAGCUGUCAAACUGGAGCAGGAGUUCACAGAGUACUUUACUGCUAUAGUCCAGGGCUCAUCUCUAGAGGAAGUGUACUCGCAGGUGAAGCAGAUCAUUGAGGAGCAGUCUGGUCCUUACAUAUGGGUACCCACCAAGGAGCGACUCUGAAUAAACACACACAUGCUACAUGAUCACACACAGACACACAAAUACACACAUCACUCUUUCAAUACUUCCUACUUCUCUAAUUUUCUAUUAUCAGCCUGCUUCCUCUCUCUGUCUUUUUCUCUUAAACACACUAUCACUAUAGACACAUUUACGCAUUUACACAAGCACAUUUAGUCGGACGAGGCUGGGACUAUCUGGGACUGCUACUUCCUGAAGAGGGAGGAGCUAAUGUCUGUCCAGCAGCCUAUUGGUGGAUCUUCCUAUACGGCUCAGUUCCUUAAUGUUUAAGGAGGUGGUUCAAAUCAAGGCGACAUGUACCAUUAUCUGAUUUGAUUUCAUUAUUGUUGUUCUUAUUGUUGUUGUCGUUGUUGUUUUCAUAUUAACGAAGGGUAAUGCAUUCAUGUAUGGGUUUGUAAUGAUAAUAUUGUCACCAAGAGGCAGACUUUUGCACGCUGUAGCUUUAAGAGCAUGUUUUUGGGACAAAAUCUUGAUCUUCUUCCCCCGUCUGUCUGUCUGUCUUUUCCUCAUGGCAUCGCUCCUGUUUAGAGUUUCCUCUCUCUCUUUUUCUGUCUUUCUCUCAUAUCCUAUCCCUUGUUCCAUCCUCUCCUCCUCAGAUUGUCUACAGACUUUAGAUAUGAGGUGAAAACUUUAUAAUGUGCCCCAACAUUUUGGUAUCAAGGGCCAAAAAUUAAACUGUAGUACAAUUACUGUUUAGAGAUGUAGCAAGAAAAUAUAUCAGAAGUGAUUUAGGAUUUCUAUGAGACAGUUGUUAAUAUUUCUUGUAACAGGCAGAAAUUCUCUAUCAGAACUUAAAUAGAAAACUAAAUUAGAUUGUAUUGAAAUAAAUAAAGUAUAGAGUAUUCUGUCAGCAGUUUGUUUGUGGAGAGCCAAAAAGAAACUGAGUACAUCAGCCUCAUAAUGGUGGAAGAGUCCAGCUGGAGCCCUGAGCCCAUGUUUAUCAACUCUGAGAAUUAAGUAAUCAAGUAAUUCUCUUUAAGUAAAGAAUAGGGCUUUUUGAGCAGCUCUUACAGAAACGCUCAGAGCAGGACCAGCCAAUCAGAGACAAGGAUUUACACCACACUUGCCUCAUUGUUGAGCCUUAUUAAAAUAGCAAAUAUUUCACUCAGUGAUAUGUUAUUCUGCAAAAACAUAUAUAUAAUUUUAUCUCCAGUGUCUCUAAGAGCAAAUUACAUGUGAAAGUAACAACAAUCCAGUUUAUUUAUUUUAUAUAAGUAUAAAAAUAUUUAUAAAUUGAAGGGAAAUUGGCUGUGAUGGAAACUAAGAGAAACCCAAACUGAAGCAGGGAAGAGAUUCUGCUGCUGGUAGAUGAUCUACGUCAUGAAAAAAGAAGUAAUAAGCAGAAUUUAAUACUACAAUGACAAGAGGAAAAUGAUCGAUUGCAGUUUUAUUCUUGUUAUUGGUCCCCCUGUCUGAUAAACGCCAGAAAAUAAGAAGAAAAAGUGGUGUAAAAUCAUAUUAAAUAUUCAAAUCAAAUGCAAAUAACUGGCUAAAACUGCCUCGCUCUGAAUUAAACAUAUUGCAUAUCCCUCCACAAAAAUGAUUGCUUUUAAGAGUACUUUAUGUCAAAGAAAGUUAGUUACUUUUUGAGGCUAGUGGAACUGAAGUGAAUGAUUGUUACUUUUUACUUUUAGCUGUUUGAUAAAUAUGGGCUCAGAUCCUCCAUUUCAGAAACUUUGGGUCUGUAUCACUCAAGUCCUCAUCCUACAAGUGUUUCUCUACCUUUCCGUCCUCCUCCUCCUCCUCCUCCUCCUCAUCUUCCUCUUUCUCUCUCUCACGCCUUCAUCUCUCUCCUCUCCACACUCAAAGUGUGACAUUAGUUGAGCAUUAAACUGUGUAUCAUCAUCUUCUUCAUCAACACUAUCAUCACGAUCAUAAUCAUCAGCGUCAUCGUUAGUAGCUUUCCUUCUUACUGUAGUUGCACUAAUGAGGGCUGGUUUCUUAAAAGCAUCUUAGAGUGACAGAGCUGAUUCUGGUAUUAAUGGAUACGUGAUACAAUCACUUUCCCUUCAGCUAAUUCACUGAUUUAUUGCGCAGGUCUGACAGUGCUGAAGAGGUCAGGGAACAUUUUUUUUGGUAAAAGGUUUUUGUAGUCAUCUCAUUUGCUGUAUGUCAUGCUGUUGUUGAGUAGUUAAAGACAUCAGGUGAUGAAAGCUACUGUCAGGCUGCUGUAUUAGCUCUGCCGGCAACUGUUGUUUUCAUGCUGGAUUUAUUUGAGCGAUCAAUCCCAGCACACAUAAAAGACACCUGAAACUAGUGCCAUCUGUGACCACAGCGCUGAUUAUUUUACUUCGUGAUGCCGACAAAUAGCUCUCCCCACACAAACCUUAAGGGAAAAACUUUAAAUAUUAUUUUUUUUAUCCAUUAUCCAGCAGAAAGAUAACAAUGUUUGCACAGGCCUAAAUGGCCAUUUAAUUCCGGUAUUUCCACAUACUGAAGCAACCAUUACUGUAGACCUAAAGGUGCCCUGUAGAGUUUUUUGAUCGCAACAUGCAGUGAUUUCAGGAACAGUGUGUUUUUUAUUGUGAGGCACCAUUUCCCACAACUUUUACAGUACGAGUAGGGCAUUGAUGCGGCUCUGUCAGUCAUGUGAACAUCUUUUAGCUGUAGUGGUCUUUGCUGCUCAUAACAUAGGCUGAGGAGAAGCUAACUCACCUCGCAACAAGUCACAGAAUAUGCUAAUGCUUACUUGCAGUGAACACUCAAAAGAAAAAAAUCCUUGCUAUGUUGAAUGCAGUAAAACACAGGCCUGAGUUGAAACCUAGCUUGAAAAUGACUUUUUAUGCCUUUAACAUUUUCAGCACCGCAGCUGUUUUAUUGUCAGGCCAAUUUACAUGUAAUUUUAGUAGCCUGAAUAGUGUUAUAGAUCAUUGUUUUUACCUGCUUUGUUAGAAUAAUCGUGCCGUUGGUGUCACGCUAUUGCACCGAUCGACAGUUGGUGGCAGGAUCAGCAGUAAAUGUAAACAUCACUUUUGUUUGUUUACAUGAACAGGGCCUCUUACAUUCCAGUGAAGAGGAAAAGUUGAGUAUUACAGUCUGUGGAAAUCAGGCAACAUUUUAUCUUUCCAGGCAGAAAGUUGCUGGGUAACAGGUAAAAAAGAUGAUGAUUUUGCUUUUCCCUUAAAGCAGCUAUAAUGGAUGUUUUUUAUAACUAGAAGGACACCUCUGCCAAGGCCUUCACAGAAGUCAAAGUCAUAGUAAAUGAUCCAGAUCUGUCCAAUAAUUUAAGACAUGAGUGAAAACACAACCUCUUUGGCGGAGUUUAUAAUCGUGUGUCGAAUGACAAGUAAUGUGAAAAUGAUAUGACAGGUGCUUGUAGUGAUGAAUCUACAGAGAAUUAUCAUCUGAAUGUUCAGCUUGCCUUCGCUUUAUAGUGAGCUUCAGCUCAUUGUGUAGCUGUCUGCAACUUUGAUGUUUUGGUUCACUGUCAUUGCUCUUAUCAGCUGCUUUCAGCUAAAAAGCUCUAAAACCCACUGCUCACUACCUGCUCAGCACCAAACAGCAGACAGAUAGAGAUAGAGACUAGCUGGUGAACAUAGCGGAGCAUCAGAAGCUGGUGGAGACCAAAAACAGAGCUGAAAGAGUGAAGUAACAAAUGACGCUAAACUGAGACGAAUGACGCUAAUUUCUGUUGUCAAGUGUAACAUUCGAGAUACCAAGAUGCUUUUGGUGAGACAGCCCCCUGUAUGGACCUUGUCAGCCAACCACUUCCCAUCUCCACCCUCAACCCCCAAGGCGACUCCUCCAAGCUGACUGGAGACCAGAGACAUACAGAGAGACUGUUCUGUCGGCAGAGUAGCUCUUAGACCCAAAUAAUACAUAGCUUUGACCACAUGUGUUUUGAAAGCUUUAAUAUCUCCUCACAGAAUGUUCAGCUAAACUCAGUUUCUUUCCAUCUAUAAUCCUCUGUAUGAAUCGAGUAGAUCAGUGGUGUUUGUCAGCAGACAGAACCGUACUCUCUGUAUGACUCUGGCUGUGUGUUUUUAGCCAGGGGACCAUGCCACUGUCUGUUAGAGUAAAGCACUGAUGCAAAGAAUCUAUUACAGAGAUGGAUCUAUAUCUAACAUAUUAUAAUAUUUAUCCCUGCUCUAACUGCCUAUUUUGGUACAAAAAAAUAAAUAAAUGAAUAAAAGUCUUUAUUGAGAUUUACUGAAAUCCCUCGA